AAAGUGGGAGCAAUCUAAUCGUCUCUGCAUCAUGUUCAUUAUGUCCAGAAUUCCUAUGGGAAUGCGUGGAUCGGUGGAGCCACCUGAGAAGGUGAAAGACUUUAUCAAAGUUAUGGAUGAGCAGUUUGACACUUCAGAUAAAUCCUUGUUCAUCAACCUCAUCCAAGAGUUCUCGUCCACAAAACUCACCGGUGUUAAAGGAGUUCGAGAACACAUUUCUAAAAUGAGGGACAUCACUGCUCAUUUGAAGAAACUCGACGUUAUCAUUCCUGAUACCUUCCUGGUUCAUUACAUCCUUCACAAUCUUCCUCCACAGUAUGGGCCUUUCAAAAUUUCCUACAACACACAUAAAGAAAAAUGGACUAUCAAUGAAUUGAUGACCAUGUGUGUUCAAGAGGAAGCCGUGCUCCUACAAGAGCAAGGAGAAAGUGUUCACCUGACCACUCAACCUAAGAAACGCAAGCCAUUCAAAAAGAACAAAGGGAAAAAGCCCAUGGCUCCCAAGGCUGCCAUAAAGAAAGAUUCCAUCAAAUGUUUCUUUUGUAAACAAAAGGGACAUGCUAAAAGGGAGUGCAGCCAGUUCAAGAAAUGGAUGGAUGACAAAGGAUAUUCAAAAUCUAAGGAAGCCAGUGGCAAGUGAGCAAAGCAUCUUAUCUGGAAACAAGAUGGGCUCACAUGUGGAAGCUAUUGGA